AAUCUCUCGAUACCACGGAGUACGGGUACUAAUGUGUACCUGUGUUUGUAAUGCCGGCGCUACACGAUGCUACGAACACCCUCCAACGUUCGACGCUUGAUAGUUUGUCGCAUCGUGUGGCCGAGCUUCCAAUCUACGAGCUACGAAUGUCGAGCGUCGAACAUUCGCGUUUGGACACGUUCCAGCCACUGUCGGUAUUUCUGCCCCGAGUCAAAGGAAUUCCUAGAACGUUGGGAGGAAAACAUUCGUUGGUUUGAUGCACGGCUACACGAGUGGGUCGAAUAUAGCAGUCUUAUCAGGUCGUAAAUGCUGUAAGGAAUUCCUAGAACGUUGGGAAGACAACAUUCGUUGGUUUGAUGCAAGGCAACACAAGUGGGUCGAAUAUAGCAGUCUAUCUUGAACUAUCAGGUGGUAAAUACUGUUUGUUAAAAUAGAGUAAAAGAGUAGAAGUAAAUUAUAGUCAUUGAUCUGUAUUUAACAGGUUUUUAAGAUGGAAUGGAACACUGAAUUAAUUAUGGAAUUUAUCAACUUAUACGAAAAACACCCAGUACUUUGGGAUCCCAAGCAUUCAAAUCAUAAAAAUCGAAACAGUUUAAAUGACGCUUGGCUGGAUAUUGCGAGUGAGUUUAGCAUUGAUGUAACUGUUGAAUUAUUACGAAAGAAAAAAGAAUCACUUAUGGCCACCUAUAGAACUUUAUCAAGAAAAGUACGAGACUCCGAAACAACUGGAUCUGGAACCAAGGAUGUAUAUAAUCCAUCAUGGUUCGCAUAUGAUGCCAUAGACCGCUUUAUUAGGGCUACAGGAAAGAAAACAACAUCGUUAAGUUCAGAGGAAACCGAGAUUGAGGAUGAGAAUUCUCAGAAUGAACAGGAGGUAUUGAAUGAUCAAGAACUAGAAGAACAGGGAAAUGAGCCUAACUUAGUCCGCGAAACAAGACAAGACAUUAACAAGAAUCCAGAGCGAGGAUAUACAAGUUUUGUAUUGCCUCAAAGCGCUCCAGGAAAUAAAAGAAAAGUAGGCCCCAAUCCAGUCGAAGCAAAUUUAGCUAAGCAUUUAAAGCAAGCAAGUGAUGCUUUAACAACUCUUACCACCAAAUCGCAAACAAAGACAUUGCAAGAUGCACCUGCGUUAUAUGGGCAGCUGUUGGCUGCUAAACUUAGAAGCUUGUCACAAAGAACUCAACUUAUCUUACAAAAUAAAAUAGAUAACCUCGUUUUUGAAGCAGAACUCAAUGAAAUUGAUAGUUCUGGUGCUACAGGUGGGCGUUCCGUUACUACUAACGUUAUUUCCCCAGAACCUAAUCCAUCUGCAUCAAGCAGUCAUUCUUCUUCUAGCCCGAACUAAGUAACGUUACAAUCGGUCAUGGAUUGCUAAACUUGAUAAAAUUAAAAUGAAUUUAUUCUUAUUUCAUAGAUGCUUCAUAGACAUAAGUCAAGGACGUAAAACAUGUAACACAAAUACAGCAUUUGUUUUCAGAAUAAAUAAAAAAAUUAAUACAAAGUUGUAACAGCUAAUCACAUAUCUACAGAUGUACACGAACUAAACAGAUUUAAAAAUUUAUAUUUGCACGAGCAAAUCACGAUGUAGUUCAAGGAACAAAUACACCUGGUUCAGGGAGAGUAAUUACCUUGUCCGUCCCCACCAAAUUGUCAUUGCUGUAGAAACUCUUCGUUAUUCGUGUGUAACAUGGCAGCGGUAACGUGACAAUCUAUCUGAAUAUAAGCAUAUUUAAUUAUUAUUAUUAUUAUUAUUAUUAUUACAGUAACGGUUAUGUAACACCAUAUUAAAACAUCACUCAUAAUAUCUUGCUCACUAAACUUAGGACCAUUACACUUAAUUACUUAUGCAGCUGAGCCAUUCUUGAUGAGAAGCCAAAUGUGCAGCUACUCAAGAAUUUC